UUUCUGUCAGUUUUAACUGUGCCCGGUAGGUGGGACUUGAUGCUCGGCGCUCUCUCACACACACACACACACUGCACAGACCGACACACACACACACGCGCGCGCGCGCGCGCAGCCCCUCCACACUGCUGUCUCUGAGUCCCACAGCUGUCUGUGUGAACACACCACUCUCUAACCCCACACCAUGCAGUCCAGAGAGGAGAACGGAGCCGACCUAACCAUUUUUCACCCCCUUCUGCUGUAACUGGACUAUUUUCUGCUUUGCCACUUUUUUUUUUUUUUUUUUUUUUUUUCCGUCUUCACAAAAUCUCGGCGCUCGUUCGCUGUUAAUUUGACACACCUGCACGAGCGUUAGCGCACGCGCGCACGGCCAGCAUCGGCGCUCGCGUUUAUACUGCUAUCCUAACAUAAGGACAUCAGCCUCUUCUGCAGCCGUGGAAACAUGGAUGUAUGGCUCUUCACACCCAGAAUCUGCUGGUGGAGGGUACUGUUUCUCCUGAGCAUCUUCCAGGACUAUCUGAGCUCCAUGCUGGACUGUCCGCCAAGCUGCAGCUGCUCUCCCACCGAGAUCUACUGCAAUAAGUCCGACAAUGGGAAAUUCUUCCCUCUUCUCGCUCUCCAGGAGACUGGAAGCAAUGGUAAUAACAGCAACAGCAUCCAGGACCUGUUCAAGAACAUCACGAUCAUACACAUUGAGAACUGGACAGGACUGCAGACGCUGAAGAUUGUGGACAUGGAGCUGUACACUGGACUGCAGAGGCUCACCAUUGUGAACUCGAACCUGCGAGUGAUCCAUCCACGAGCAUUUGCCCAGAAUCCCCACCUACACUACAUAAAUUUGUCGAGAAACCCCCUGUCCACGCUCUCCUGGCAGCUGUUCCAGAACCUGCAACUCACUGAGCUGCGGUUGGAUGAAGUAGUGUUUAAUUGUGACUGCGCCAUUCGCUGGAUUCAACUGUGGCAGCAAAGGGGUGAAGCUGGUCUUCAGAGCCAGCAGCUCUACUGCAAUGAUGGGGUCUCCAAAAUCCCACUUCAUCUGAUGAACAUCUCUCAGUGUGACCUCCCCGAAAUUAGUGUAACCCACAGCAACCUGACUCUAACAGAGGGUGAUAAUGUGACCUUCACUUGCAAUGGCUCAGGGACACCCCUCCCUGAGGUGGACUGGACAGUUAGUGGCCUCCACUCCAUCAACACGCACCAGUCAAAUGUCUACUGGCCCAAUGUCCAUUCCCUCAACCUGACACUGGUCAAUGUCAGCCGUGAUGACAAUGGCUUCAUGUUGACCUGUAUAGCAGAGAAUGUAGUGGGGAUGACGAACGCCUCGAUUCAGCUGGCUGUGCAGUUCCCGCCUGUCAUUGUGAAGCUGGAUGAGCCAGAGCGGAGGCACGACACAUGCAUUGAGUUCACGGUGCAGGGAUAUCCCCACCCAACCCUACGCUGGAUCUACAAGGACAAGGAGAUCCCGCAGAGUGAAUACAUCCGCACAGAGAUGGACACCUUCCAGGAUUAUCUAGAGGGCUGCCUAACGUUCAAGAAUCCCACGCACCACAACAAUGGCAACUAUACACUGGUGGCCAGCAACUUCCUAGGCACUGCAGUCAAGACUGUGUAUGGGCACUUCCUGCCCACACCUUUUCCUCCUGGAUUUGAAGAUGAGCUUGUCACUCCCUCCAGCAUCUCACGCAGAUCUGAUGAGGAUACAUUUGGGGUGACCAUUGCUGUUGGCCUUGCUGGGUUUGCCUGUGUGCUACUGGUCCUUCUAUUUGUUCUUAUUAACAAAUAUGGUCGACGGUCCAAAUUUGGGAUGAAAGGGCCAGUAGCAGUGAUCAGUGGGGAGGAGGACUCUGCUAGCCCUCUUCAUCACGUCAACCACGGUAUCAUCACCCCUUGCACGUUGGAUGCUGGACCAGAUGCAGUGGUCAUUGGGAUGACACGCAUCCCGGUCAUCGAGAAUCCACAGUACUUCAGGCAUGGCCACAACUGCAACAAGCCCACAACCUAUGUGCAGCAUAUAAAGCGGAGGGACAUCGUUCUCAAGCGGGAGUUGGGUGAGGGGGCCUUUGGCAAGGUAUUCCUGGCAGAGUGCUACAACCUCAGUCCCACCAAGGACAAGAUGCUAGUAGCAGUCAAGACCUUGAAGGAUCCCACCCUAUCAGCAAGGAAGGACUUCCAACGGGAAGCAGAGCUGCUGACCAACCUGCAACACGAGCACAUUGUCAAGUUCUAUGGCGUGUGUGUGGAUGGUGACCCUCUCAUUAUGGUCUUUGAAUACAUGAAGCACGGUGACCUCAACAAGUUUCUCAGAGCCCAUGGCCCUGAUGCCAUGAUCCUGGUUGAUGGACAGCCUCUCCAGACUAAUGGAGAGCUGGGUCUCUCUCAGAUGCUACAUAUUGCCACUCAAAUAGCCUCUGGCAUGGUGUACCUGGCAUCACAGCACUUUGUGCACCGUGACCUGGCCACACGCAACUGCCUGGUGGGUAAUGGCUUGCUGGUAAAGAUUGGUGAUUUUGGAAUGUCCAGGGACAUUUACAGCACAGACUACUACCGGGUUGGAGGACACACCAUGCUGCCCAUUCGAUGGAUGCCCCCGGAGAGCAUCAUGUAUCGCAAGUUCACCACAGAGAGUGACGUAUGGAGUUUCGGCGUCAUCCUCUGGGAGAUCUUCACCUACGGCAAGCAGCCAUGGUUUCAGCUGGCCAACAAUGAGGUGAUUGAGUGUAUUACUCAAGGCCGGGUUCUGGAACGGCCCCGGUUGUGUCCCAAGGAAGUGUAUGACAUCAUGCUGGGUUGCUGGCAGAGGGAACCACAACAGCGGCUAAACAUUAAGGACAUCCAGAAGAUCCUAUUUGCCCUUGGAAAAGCCACACCUGUUUACCUUGACAUCCUGGGCUAGCAGCAGUUCCACCCACCCACCCACAGUGGGUGGUCCCAUUAUAAUCCAGGAAUAACCAAACAACGUAUACCUUACUGCUCUACUGUCAAACACCUGAGGAAUGGGGAUGGACUUAAGUGCCUGCUACACCUUUCAAUACACUGGAGAAGUCUUUACAAAAGCACUUUUACAUUUUGUUUACUUCCGUAUAUAAUGUACAGUUACUGUAUGAAGGUUGUCUUUUUUCAUAAAAUGGCCUCAUUCAAAACAAACCACCAAAAAAGAAGAACAUUGGAAAAUAAGAGUCUUAGGCUUUUAAUAUACCAACAGCUUAUCAAAAGAUGAAA